AUGCAAUACUUAUUUCGAGAGAUACUAUAACGUCAUAUACCAAUGAUAACAGAGUAAUUUUAAUGGAGUUUUAGUAUUUCUCCUGUCGUUAAAAAAAAACCGUAAGAAAUACAAUUAAAAACUUAACAAAUUGAAUUUAAGCUUUUUAAUAAUAGUAUUACAUAAUUUUUUUGACUGUACAAGUGUAAAUAUAGAUUAAAUCUUUGGACUUUUGUAAAACCGCAACUGUCGCUUAUGUUAAGAGUGAAAUUAUCAAAAUAGAGAAAUAACAAUCGAUAUUUUUAAUCAAAGUGCUCCUUACUACAAUCAUCAGCUAUGCUACUGUGAAUGACUCACAAUUCAUCAAAAUAAACCAAAACAAAAUACACGUGUGAGAAGAUUUCAGAUAAACAAACUAGAAAUUAAUAGAAAACUUCGAAAUGAGUGACAGUGAAGCUGAAGAAAAUAAAAAGAUUUCGACGGAACCAGUGGAUAAUGCCUGGACAUUAAAAAUUCCCGAGUUCAAACCUGAGCAUAAUUUAAAUGGCAUGGUUGAGGAAAGUUCAUUUGCGACACUGUUUCCAAAGUAUAGAGAAAAAUAUCUAAAGGAAAUAUGGCCACUUGUAAAAGAAUGUCUUGCGGAACAACACCUUAAAGCUGAACUUGAUCUUAUGGAGGGAAGUAUGGUGGUGAAAACAACACGCAAAACGUGGGAUCCAUACAUUAUCAUCAAAGCCAGAGACAUGAUAAAGCUAAUGGCUCGAAGUGUACCCUACGAACAAGCGCGACGAGUUUUGCAGGAUGAAAUCGGCUGUGACAUCAUAAAAAUUGGUAACUUAGUAAACAAGAAAGAUAAGUUUGUUAAGCGACGUCAACGUUUAAUUGGACCCAAUGGAGCGACGCUAAAAUCUAUUGAGUUACUAACAGAUUGUUAUGUGUUAGUACAAGGAAACACUGUAUCAGCACUCGGUCCUUAUAAAGGUCUACAGCAGGUUCGUGACAUUGUAUUAGACACAAUGAACAAUGUGCAUCCUAUAUAUAAUAUUAAAGCAUUGAUGAUUAAACGUGAACUUAUGAAAGACCCGAAAUUGGCCAAUGAAGACUGGUCACGUUUUCUGCCGAAGUUCAAGAACAAAAAUAUUAGCAAACGCAAACAACCUAAGGUUAAGAAACCCAAAAAAGAAUACACACCAUUUCCGCCUUCACAACCAGAGAGUAAAAUUGACAAACAACUUGCGUCAGGUGAAUACUUCCUUAGCAAAGAACAGAAACAAGCACGCAAGCAACAAGAGCGUAAUGAGAAACAGAGUGAGGCUGCUAAAAAACAAGAGGAGCGUCGUAACCAAGAUUUUAUUCCUCCAACUGAGGACGGACCUUCUACUAGCCGUAAAAGACCGGCUGAUGAAGAUAAUAAAAAAUUGGAUGUUAAAGCUUUGAAGGCGAAAGUAGCAAAGGCAAACAAAAAAAUAAGAACUACUUAAAUAAAAAAAAAAUAAAUAAAAAAUUUGAAA